AGCUGGAGUUGGCACAGGAGUCGGACCUGGCUCUGGGGUUGGUUUUGGUCCAGGUGGUGCCGGUACUGCUGCUGCUGGAGGAGCAGGAAGAGGAACUGGAGUUGGCACAGGCGGGGGACCUAGCUCUGGGGUUGGUUAUGGCCCAGGUGGUGCCAGUACCGGGUCAGGUGGUCUAGGUUAUGGUCCUGGCGGUGCAGGGACUGGUGCCGCUGGAGGGAUUGGAGGAGGACCGGCAGGAGGAGCUGGAGUUGGCACGGGCGUGGGACCUGGCUCUGGGGUUGGUUAUGGCCCAGGUGGUGCUGGGACUGGACCUGGAGGAGCGGGCUAUGGGCGAGGCGGCACUGGGUCUGGCAGAGGUGGAGCAGGAACAGGACCUGGAGGGUAUGAUGCCAAUGCGAAAGCUCGUAAAUAUGGAAUGUUGAGUGGAGCACUUGGAGGUUCAGGAACAAGCCCUGGAGGAGUCAGGCCUGGUGGUGCUGGUACAGGCUAUGGACCAGGAGGAGGAGUCGGGCCCGGUGGUGCUGGUACAGGCUAUGGACCAGGAGGAGGAGUCGGGCCAGGUGGUGCUGGUACAGGCUAUGGACCAGGAGGAGGAGUCGGGCCAGGUGGUGCUGGUACAGGCUAUGGACCAGGAGGAGGAGUUGGGCCCGGUGGUGCUGGUACAGGCUAUGGACCAGGAGGAGGAGUCGGGCCCGGUGGUGCUGGUACAGGCUAUGGACCAGGAGGAGGAGUCGGGCCCGGUGGUGCUGGAACAGGCUAUGGACCAGGAGGAGGAGUCGGGCCCGGUGGUGCUGGUACAGGCUAUGGACCAGGAGGAGGAGUCGGGCCCGGUGGUGCUGGUACAGGCUAUGGACCAGGAGGAGUUAGGCCAGGUGGUGCUGGUACAGGCUAUGGACCAGGAGGAGGAGUCAGGCCUGGAGGUGCUGGCUACGGACCUGGAGGUCUUGGUGCUGGAGGAGCCCUGGGUGCAGGAGGACUUGGUGCUGGGCCUGGUUAUGGGCUCGGAGCAGGAGGAAUGGUUCCAGGACGAGGUGUUGGAGUAUCAACCGGUGGUGGACCUGGAGCAGGACUGGGACCAGGUGGCUUUGGACCAGGCAGUGCUGGAGGAACCGGAUAUGGACCUGGUGGAUAUGGGCCUGGAGUUGGACAAGUGCCUGGGGCAGGGUAUGGACCAGGUGGAGGCUAUGGGACAGGACCAGGAGUUGGAUAUGGACAAGGCUAUGGAGCUGGAUCAAAAGCAGCUAAAUACGGUGCUGGCGGAGUUCUUGGAGGUGGUGCAGGACGAGGAGAUGUUUGAACUGAAGAAUAGAGCUGUUUAUAAGGACAUCUUUUGA